GAAAGCAUGUAAAUUGACAGAGUCACGUGAACAGAGAAAGAGAAAUCCAUAGAAGAAUAUGCUGAAACUCUAUGGGGGCGCGCACGUUGGCUCAUGCACCCUAAAGUAUGGUCGCUCGAAUCAGAAUAUUCGACUGACGCAGAAGAAUAAACAAUAUCAAGACUAACAGAGUUUAUAUCAACGAAGUUUGGAGCGGAAACUUGGCAGGGAAACAUGGACAAAGGAGGGGUGGGCAAAGGUGGCGAUAGAGGAGAGGAGCCAGGAUCCUUGCAGGGUGGGCAGCAACAGUCCAUGCACGGCGCAGGCCACUGCAAGUGGUUCAAUGUGCGGAUGGGCUUCGGGUUUAUAUCCAUGACUAGUCGUGGGGGAACUCCCGUAGAUCCUCCUAUGGAUGUAUUUGUUCACCAAAGCAAACUACACAUGGAGGGAUUUCGCAGACUGCAGGAGGGAGAGCCACUAGAGUUUACCUUCCAGUGGUCCCCCAGGGGCCUUGAGUCUGUACAAGUCACAGGCCCUGGGGGAGGCCCCUGCUCGGGCAGUGAGAGGAGACAGAAACCCAAACCCCCGGCCCCACCGCAGAGAUGGAAGCCAAAGGGAGACCAAUGUUAUAACUGUGGAGGACUAGACCACCAUGCCAAAGAGUGUGGCCUGCCUCCCCAGCCAAAGAAGUGCCACUACUGCCAGAGCGCGACGCACAUGGUGGCCCACUGUCCUCACCGCCCCCCCGGCCCCUUGUCUCCUGGCCCUGCCACAGCCACUCAGGGAAGACGCACUACUGUGGACCAGUACCCCUCUACCUUCACCACCACCUCCUACAGCCCCAGUCCCAGGCAGGGAAACAGGCACUCCCAGCCCUCUCAGGACAGUUCCUCCCCCCUCAGCAAGUCCUCCAGCAAGUCCUCCAGCUCUCCGGAAGACCCGGCACAGAUCCAGAGGAGAUCUGGAGGACACCACAGGUUGAAACAAUCCUGAUCCACAUCCACCAUGGAUGGAUGCCACCUGUUAGUAUUACCUCUGGUCCAAUAAAACCACCUUCCUUCAGUCUGAUCAGUCUCCUCCUCACACAGACACAUCCUGAGCUACAUCCUGAGCAACCACCAAGCAGAUCCACAUUUCUAACCAAAUGGACAGUAAAGUAUCUAUUUUACUUCCCCAAUCCCUCCCAGACUCUCCCUCUACUAAACUGUGUA